AUGGCGUCUAAGGGUUCGAUUUGGUCUUGCAUGUUUCUGUUCUCUUUAAUUGUAGCGAUCUCAGCUGGAGAAGGUGAAGAGAAGGAAUUCGUGUUGACUUUGGAUCACUCCAAUUUCACUGACACGAUUAGCAAGCACGAUUUCAUCGUUGUCGAGUUCUACGCGCCUUGGUGUGGCCACUGCAAGAAUCUUGCUCCUCAGUAUGAGAAAGCUGCAUCCAUUUUGGCAAGUCAUGACCCUCCAAUCUUUUUGGCCAAAGUUGAUGCCAAUGAGGAGUCUAACAAAGACAUCGCAUCUCAGUAUGAUAUUAAGGGAUUUCCAACUCUCAAAAUUUUGAGAAAUGGAGGCAAAACAGUUCAAGAAUAUAAAGGCCCUCGUGAAGCUGAUGGCAUUGUAGAGUAUUUGAAGAAACAAAGCGGUCCUGCUUCUGUUGAAUUAAAAUCAGCUGAGGAAGCUAGUAAUUUCAUUGGUGACAAGAAGAUAGUUGUUAUUGGGGUGUUCCCUAAGUUAUCUGGGCAGGAGUUUGAAAACUAUCUAGCUGUAGCAGAUAAAUUACGGUCUGAUUAUGAGUUUGGUCAUACCUUGGAUGCAAAACACCUUCCACGCGGUGAGUCGUCCGUGACUGGGCCCCUUGUUAGGCUGUUCAAGCCAUUCGAUGAACUCUUUGUUGAUUUUAAGGAUUUUGAUUUGGAUACAUUGGAGAAGUUCAUUGAAGAAUCUAGCAUACCCAUUGUGACCCUCUUUAAUACUGACCCUAGCAAUCACCCUUUUGUCAUCAAAUUUUUCAAUAGUCCUGAUGCUAAGGCAAUGUUAUUUAUGAACUUCAGCGGUGAAGCUGCUGAUUCUUUCAAAACUAAAUAUCAUGAAGUUGCUCAGAAAUACAAAGGAGAGGGCAUAGUCUUUCUGUUGGGAGAUGUAGAUGCUAGUCAAGGUGCCUUCCAGUAUUUUGGACUCAAAGAGGAUCAAGUGCCUCUCAUAAUCCUACAAACAAAUGAAGGACAAAAAUAUCUGAAGCAACACUUGGAACCUGAUCAUAUUGCUCCUUGGGUGAAGGAAUACAAGGAAGGCAAGGUGCUACCAUUCAAGAAAUCUGAACCUAUCCCGGAAGUUAACAAUGAGCCUGUGAAAGUUGUGGUGGCUGAUAGUCUCCAGGACAUUGUUUUCAACUCUGGAAAAAACGUUCUUCUAGAGUUUUAUGCUCCAUGGUGUGGACACUGUAAAAAAUUGGCUCCAAUCUUGGAUGAAGUUGCCGUCUCAUACCAAAAUGAUCCUGAUGUAGUCAUUGCAAAGCUUGAUGCAACUGCAAAUGAUAUCCCGAGUGAUACCUUUGAUGUCAAGGGAUAUCCCACAGUAUACUUCAGGUCUUCAAGUGGGAAUUUGGUGCAGUAUGAUGGGGAUAGGACGAAAGAAGAUAUUAUUGAUUUCAUCGAAAAGAAUCGGGACCAAGAUAAAGUUCCCCAGCAACAAGAUAAAGAAACCCUGCAAGAAUCAGAAGAGACAAAGGAUGAGCUCUAA